UGAGAGAGCACGGCGCAUAUUUUCAUCAAUACACCCUCGUCACAUGCACGACGAUCGCAGUGCCGAAGGCCGAUGGCCUCAUACACGUGCUUCACACAUCCAAAUACACGUGAUGGUGACAGGCUAACCAGAGAUAGAGAAUACGAAAUAAAUCGAUCGGCAUCAAUCAUGGAGAGUAAGUAAGCAGCAAAUUAAACUUAGCCUCUCUACCCAGUGCCCACCGCGCAGCUUCGAUUCUUCCUCGGAGAGAAAUGGCAGUGGAGGUCGUUGAGUCCUGCAUGGUGAAGCCCAGCGAGGCGACGCCCAAGCACGGGCUGUGGCUCUCCAACCUCGACCACCUGAUGCCCAGGAGCCACAUGACCAUGGUCUUCUUCUACCGGCCUAGCCAUGGCUCGGCGUCCUCCUCACCGCACGUCCUGAAGGCCGCCCUGUCCAAGGCGCUCGUCCCCUUCUACCCCCUCGCUGGCCGGCUCGCGGCGGACGGCACCGGCCGCCCGGAAAUCAGCUGCACCGGCGACGGGGCGCUCCUCGUCAUUGCCCGCUCGGAUGCCAGGCUCGAUGAGAUGGGCGACCUUGCCCCGUCGGACGAGCUGCGGCGGACGCUUGUCCCGCCGGCCGACGGCGGCGGCGGCGACCACGCCGGCGUCCUGGCCAUGUUCCAGGUGACGUUCUUUAGCUGCGGCGCGGUGUGCCUUGGGACGGCCAUCUACCGUGCGGCGGCGGACGGCCGCGCCUUUGGCAACUUCUUGCGUGCGUGGGCUGCCAUGGCGAGGGGCGUCGGCGAGGCCGAGGCCGCCGUGCCACGCCCGUGGCUCGACCGCACGCUGCUUCGCGCGCGCUCCCCUCCAUCCGUGCGCUUCGACCACGCCGUGGCCGUGACCUCUCGGCGAGACGUCGCCGGCGGGUCCAACCCGAAGGUCCCGUUCGACACCGCCAUCCUCCCCAUCUCCAGAGACCAUGUUGACGCGCUCAAGGCCGGCGCCGGCACAACCGCCGGCGGCGGGAAGAAGGUAUCCACGUUCAACGCGGUGGUCGCCCACGUUUGGGGAUGCGCUUGCAAGUCGUCGUCGCGCGGCGCCGCCGACGGAACGGAGGACGACACCCGGGUGUACAUGACCGCCGACGCCCGGUCCCGCGUCCGCCCACCGCUCCCGGAUGGCUACCUCGGCAACGCCGUCGUCCGCUCGCUGGCGGUGGCCAAGAUGGGCGACAUCGCCUCGGGCUCGCUCGCCACCGCCGCUGCCAGGGUCUCCCACGCCACCGCCCGGUUGAGCGACGAGUUCGUACGGUCGCUGGUGGACUACCUGGAACAAGCGACGAGCGGCGCGGCGGCGGAGUGGCCGGUCAUCCCGGAGACGGACCUGUGGAUCGUCAGCUGGCUGGGUCUGCCGUUCUCCGAACUGGACUUCGGCUGGGGCCGGCCGGCGUUCGUUGGCCCGGCGACCAUCACGCUCGGCGGCCGCGUGUACCUCGUCCCCGGCCCGGACGGCGGCGGAGUUGAUGUUGUUGUUGCCAUGGAGCCAGGGAGACUGGCCAGGUUCAAAGUGCUGUUCUAUGAGGGCCUCAAACGUUGCUCUCUCAUACAUGCUCCAGAUAGGCGUGUGGCCAAACCCUCAAAACUUUAGCGUUCAGAUAUGCAUGCGCAGCUUUGUUCCAGAAAGGCUCUUGCCGAUCUUUCAAGAAGAAAAAGGUACUUGUCAUAGCAUGAUAACAACAUCAUGUAGUUCUUGCUGGUUCAGUUCA